GGACUAACCCAAAAAAAACCCGAACAUGGGGCAGAAGGUUCCCGGCGGGAUCAAGACGGUGGACAUGAGGGACCCGGCGUUUCGGCCGCUGAAGCUGGAGCUGCAGGCGCUGGACUACGCCAAGCCGGCCCGGCUGGACAUGCUGCUGGACAUGCCGCAGGCGCUGCCCGACGUGCAGGUGCAGCACUCCUGGAACAACGACGACCGCUCCCUCAACAUCUUCGUCAAGGAGGACAACAAGCUGGUGUUCCACCGGCACCCCGUGGCCCAGAGCACCGACGCCAUCCGGGGGAAAGUGGGCUACACCCGCGGGCUCCACGUGUGGGAGAUCAGCUGGGCCAUGCGGCAGCGGGGCACCCACGCGGUGGUCGGCGUGGCGACGGGCGACGCCCCCCUGCACUCCGUGGGCUACAUGGCCCUCGUGGGGAAUAACGGCGAGUCCUGGGGCUGGGACCUCGGGAGGAAUAAACUCUACCACGACGGCAAGAACCAGCCUAGUAAAACAUACCCAGCUUUCCUGGAGCCUGACGAGACCUUUAUUGUGCCCGAUUCCUUCCUGGUGGUCUUGGACAUGGACGAGGGCACCCUGAGCUUCAUUGUGGACGGGCAGUACUUGGGAGUUGCUUUUAGGGGACUGAAGGGCAAGAAACUGUAUCCUGUAGUAAGCGCAGUCUGGGGACACUGUGAAAUUAAAAUCCGAUACCUAAACGGGCUUGAUCCGGAGCCGAUGCCGCUCAUGGACCUGUGCCGGCGAUCCGUCCGGGUGGCCUUGGGGAAGGAGCGUCUGAGCGAGAUCCAUGGGCUCCCGCUCCCGGCUGCCCUGAAGAACUACCUGCUCUACCAAUGACGGCCGGUGCGCCGCGGCGGCCCCCCGCUGUCCUCCGGGGGUCCUCCACUCAUCGCCACGCCCCCGCCGUGCUCACAGGGGUCUCCACCUGGCCUUUUAAUGUUGGUGUUUUUUUAUUCCUCGGUCUCGGACUUGGUCUCGUUCUUAUACUGGAAGUGUUCAAGGCCUCUGUUCCCGGAUGUGGACCCCUCUAUAUAUAGAACGUUCCGAUGGCUUUGGUAAUAUUCCCGUCGUGCUCCCGAGAAGCGCGGAGGAUUGGCUCCCUGGAUGUCUCUCCUCCUCCUGCCUUUUUAAAAUGCGAAAUUUUAUAAGUUUUUCCUUGACUUCUGGGCUCUGGAGACAGUUGUUGGAUUUCUUGAUGGAUGUGUUGAUCACUGUUAGUUUGUGGUUAAUCUCUCUCGAUUGCCAUGAGUUUGUGACUUGUGUACUAAGCACUGUUUUUAGCCAAUUUUAUUGCAUUCUGAAUGGGUUAACGGGUCUCAACUAACUACAAGAUGUCAUUUUAUUAUGCUUUUGACUUUUAACUAUGCAGGAUAUUCAUAUUUUUUAAAUGUAUAAGUGUAGGUUUAUGUAAUUGCUCGUUACCAAUUUUGAAAGUGUCAUGCAGUGUUCUUUUUUUUCUGGGGGAUAUCAGAUAAAGCUUCAUUUAACAGACCUCUCACGGUUGGCUAGUUAGACCAGCCAGGACAAAUCUUUGAUUGCUGUGGUUCAGAUGUCUAUGCUGUUCUACACAGGAAGCAGCGGAGUUUCUGUUCCAGAAAACUAAUUUGGUCACCCACAGAGCAAUUGCAUGGACCUUUAUAAGGACCACACUGUGAGAACUGUAGCCAAGUGACCACAAACAAACCCCAUUAUUCAGUGCAGACAAAGCAUUCUCUGCAAUAUUUUAAGUGCCUCUUAUGCUUGUGUAGACAUGUUUGUAAAAAAAUCCAGUUUUAUCAAAUACCUACCAUGAUUUACACAUAUUGCAUAUCCAUCAGGAAAUCUUGCUUUCUGUUUUUUUUUACCUCCCCCAAUUGUUACUUGUGCUAAAUUUCAGGUCAGGUGCCCAGGAGGUAGGAUCUUCCUCGUUUGUGCCUGUAUUUGUUGUGGAGGACUGGGUCUGGGUUGAUGGACUCUGGGCAGGGGAGAGGGAGGAAAAUGGGUGGUAGGAACGUAUUUUAAACUGUACAGGUGGUGUAUCUGCUGUAGGGUGCCUUGUUCACCGUUUCAUCUUAUUCUCUGUUCAAGAUUAAACGAUUAGUAUUUUUAAGUGGCGUGCAAGAACAUUUUAUGAAUCACUCUGUGCAGACCUUUUUAAAUGAUGGCUUUCCAGGGGAACAAGAGACAACCAGUGCUUUAAUCACAUGUUCAUUUUUUUCUUUUGAUUUUUUUUUUAAAGAAGUGCAACUUGUCCUUAUUUGGCAUUUAUUUUGCUAAGCAUGUGCACAGUGCUGCUUAACCCCCCAACCUUGUUCAGUUUAGUACCCCUUUUCUUUUUAGGCCUGCACAGUCUAAACUUUCCUUUGUAUUCAAUGCUGUAGAUAAUGUUCGUAACUACCUAAUAAAGUUUAUUAUAAAUUAA